UGCUUUAGGGGCGGACGGGGCAGAGGGAGAGACGUUUACAGAGAGAGGGGACAGAGAAACUGCAGAUCCUUCUCCUCCUUGCUUCUUCACCUUCAGGACAAAGAACUAAGAAGUAUGGAGACAGGAAGAAAAAAGACAUGAAAAGAACAUGAGACAGUGUCAGAGAAAGUGUCAUUAACCGCACUACGAAGUUCUCUCUCUUCCCUGUGACUCUCACUUCUCUCAAUUUAAUCUUAAAUCCACUCCAAUUUCCCCUGAGAGACUCAAUUCUCCUUCUUCUUCGAGAGACAGAAGGACAGAAGCCAGUUCUACCUGGCAGAGUGACACCAGCAACUUCCUCUUUGUCUUGGCUUCACUUCCUUUGCUCUGCUCGGCCAUGACUCUCCUGGCCUCCGAGAGGUCGCUUCUCAUCCGGAACAAGUUCCGGUCAGUCCUGCAGCUGAGGAUUCAGAACCGAAGGCUGAGUGAAAUCAAUGCGGACCCAGGGUUGAAAUCAGCCUCCACUCAUCAAAAAACCGAGAAAAAACAGAGUGAAGCUCAACAUCAAACUGAGGAAGGUGCCACUCAGACGUUGCCCCCUGGUGGUCUGAGCACUGAAACUGCACAAGAGAGGACUGUAUGUGGGACCCAGAGGCAGAGGAAGGCUCGCCCCUCACAGAACCUCACUGAGAGAAUCCAGCAACCUCCAGCAGCUGCAGAGCAACAGCUUGAGCACACAUUGUCCCUGGAGAUUGGUCCUACCUCGUUCCCUACUGAUGUCUUUGAAGAGGACAUCUCAUCCUCCAUUUCGUCUUUAAACACGGAGCAACAUGGCUCUCUCCAAAUGCCAUCCAUUUCCUCGCUGCCAGGGCUCCCAGUUGACCAACCACUAAGUGACUGCUCAGCUGUGGGCCUGACCCUUAAUAAUAGUCCCAGUCAUGCACAGUCUGGGUUGACGUUGCUUCAGACAACAGCAGGCGUCAGGCAACCUGUGAGCGUGACCCUGGGUGAAUCAAACUGCUUAGCACCAACUGGAAGACCAAAUGGGAUGUUUCUGACCUCUCAGACCACACCCCUGUUGCCAAAGAAAGCUCGGCCACCCAGUCCGAUCUGCUCCUCGGCUUUGCCCAAUCCCCUAAACUUCAAUCACCUUACCCGCCCACGGAAACCACGGGACAUCAAACCCAAGAUGAAGAAACUCAAGUAUCAUCAGUACAUUCCUCCAGACCAGAAGGGAGCAUCUGGGACUGGAGCGGGAGGAGCUAAACAGAGCAUCCCUGCCGCCACCCAGCCUUUAGACCCCGCCUACUCCCAUCUGCUGAAACAGCAGCAGGUCUUCCUCCAGCUUCAAAUUCUCCAGAGUCAGCAGCAACAGCAGCAGCGACUACAGCCUCAACAGCAGGUUACAGUUGUAUCAAGUGGAGAUCAUAAUGAUCUAGUGAAGUCUUGUGGAGUCUCACCACUUGGUCUCCAACCUGUCCUUGCCACAACAAACCAAACUGCGACAGACACAAAUCCUGCAUCCAAACCAGAACUUCUUCCUGCAAAUCUUGUUGAUUUAACGGUGUCAGAGUUAAGGCAGCAGCUGCGUAAGCGGGGCCUCCCUGUCUCUGGAACUAAGCCGGCCUUGUUGCAGCGCCUUCGUCCCUUCCAGCUUCAGCAUGCCUGCCCAACCCCUGCCUCCUUUUGUAAGCUGGACAGCAGCCUUGAGCCCCUAAUUCCCUGUGCCCCUCUACCUCGCUGUCAGAGCCCUGCCUCCAGCCCUGGCUUCGGACUGAACUCGCCCGGCAGCAGCCCAAACCAACAGCUGUACAUCCCAGAUGGCGGAAUUCCUAAUGGGAUUCUCAGUGACAGUCCCAACAGAGAUCCAAAGGGGACUCUUAACGCUGUCCCGAAAGUGUUCACAAAUGCUGCAUCAGUCAGUUUGGCAGGUGAACAGUGCGGUCUCAGCAGCACUGUGUUCUUGGAUCCCGCCAGCACUGCCUCAGGAACUCCAAGUCCCAGUUUGCCCAUGUCGUCCUCCUCACCCCUACAGUGUGGGACUCCCUGGAGAACCGAAAGCGAGCAGCAGAAGCAGCUAGAGCUGAGUGUGAAGCUAGAGAAGAGGGAGAAGAAGAGGAGCAAGCCCAGUGACUGCUAUGUGAAAGCUGGUACUGAGUCGGGGGAGGGACCUCUUCAUCCAUUCCUGCAACAGGAUCCUGGAUACUUAAAAAGAAAGGCUAAACUAAAUGCACAAAAAGAAGUGUUGUUUGCUCAGCCGUGUGAUGUGAUUGGCCAUGACUUUGAGCUGCCACUGCAAAUUACAGCCAGUCCAGUUCAGACCUCACCUAGUGUUCGCAGCUUGGAGGAAGAGCUACAGGAGGCAAUUCAGAAAGCUCAGAUGGACCCUCGAGAGUCCAUUGAUGAUAUUCUAGAUGAGCCUUUUAUUUGUGAUGGCUCUCUUGAGGCCUCUGAUGAUAAAUCUGCUGCACACCGUUCCCCUGCCCCUCAAACAGAACAGCCUCAGCCUUUUCAGCAACAAGAUGACAACUUCCUGCCAUCACCUCUUUGUUCCUCUCUCUUACUUGAGCUUCCUCCAUCUCCUGCUUUAAUAAACCCGACCCAGGUUGUCCCUGCUCCUCCACCGCUCCCAAUCUGCACCUCUCCUCUGCCUUCAAAUAGAAAGUCACGGAAACGACGGGCUGCUACAUCGUUUGACGCUGCCGAUUGGCUCGAAACCCUCACGUCAGGCCUCCAUCCUCUCACCCCUCCAAAACCUCCCUUUGUUGAGUCCGAUUUUAGUCUAGAUUCAGAUCUGAAUGUGAAUCGAGUCCUGGAUCUUUUGAUAGAGCAGUGGUAAAGAUUUAGAAGUGUGUGCACACACGGUGGCUUGGAAAAGUAUUCACACCCCUUGAAUUUUUCCACAUUUUGGGAAGUUUUGACCACAAACCUAAAUUACAUUUCAUUAGGAUUGUAAUAGAUUAACACAAAGUAGUGCACAGUUAUGAAGUGAAAGCAUUAAUGGUUUUCAAAAUGUUUUAUUUUACACAUGUUGAAACUGAUGUUUUUGUCCAUUCUUUUCAACGUUAUAUUGCAAUAGACAAAAAGAAUAGUGUUCAUGAGCUUUAACCUUUAAUUCUUGCCAUAGAUUUUCAAUUGGAUUUAGAUAUUGAGUUUGACUAGGCCAUUCUAACAUCUGAACAUGCUUUUAUCUGCAAAACAUAAAUCAGACAAAGCACCCAAAAAUUCAGGCAGACAGAGCACUCACCUGUGAUCUGCUCUAUUUAAGUGAUGUCCAGCCUUCAAGUCUCUGCCAGAUUAUCGAAAGCUCCUGCCUGCAGAUGUCCAGUGUAAUGUCUGUACCCUUGUUUGAUCUCCUUGCUACACCACGUUUCUGCAAACCUCAAUUCUCCUGCCUUGUCUUGCCCUCAUCUGACCUCUACCAAGCUUCUGAUCUCUUGACAUCAACCACUUUCUUUUCUGGGCCUCGACCUCCAAGUUUUGCCAAGCCCUUGGCCCCUACACUGUUUUCUGACUCUUCGUGUAUGACCCUUCCCUGUCUCCUGCUUUACCCUCUGGAUUCUGUAUUAGUUACUGACAGAUUCUCCGACAGCUGUGUACCGAAUCAAGCCUGCCCAAGUCACCGGUUGUGACGUCAUCACACUUACCUGCCAUUCCCUGGUUUCUCUCUGGAAAAGCAGGAAUAACUCCACUACAUGCAGGCUGAAGACAAACUGUCUGGAGACGGUCACAUCCUUUUGGAUCCCCAGAACAGACGAAUGCCUGGAGGAGCAUUCCAUUUGGAUCAAAGCCCUCAUACAUCCUCUUGCUCAGCCUGAUGGCUUAGGUGGAUGCCCAUGUCUUGGUAACUUGGUAAGUGUUAAUGCCAUACUUAUUUUGCUGUUUUCCUUGGUCUUCAUGUUGCUAGUUGUUCAGUAAUGUUCUCUAACAAACCUCUAAGGUCGUCACAGAGCAGCCAGUAAUGUAAAUUUUGAAAGCAAGUGGUUGCAUCAGAUUUUAUUUAUGGUGUAAGAAGGGCUUAAUACAAAUUUACGCCACAUCUUUGAGAUUAUCUUGCAAAAAACUUUGAAAACCAUGUAUUGUUUUCCUUCCACAUCACAAUUAUGCACUACAUUAUGUUUGUCUAAAACAUAAAAUCCCUAUAAAAUACAUUAAAGUUUGUGAUUGGGACUUAGCAACAUGAUAUAAACCUCAAGGGGUAUAAAUAUUUCUGCAAGACACUGUAUGUUUUUAAUUCUUUUGUACGUAUAGUAGCCGAUUAUAGUUUUGUUGUUGUAAUGAAUUGCACAAAAUGUGUACGUUCUACGUUCCAUGACUACUCCGCUGCCAGAGUCACUGGUUCCACGCAAUGUCGAGAGCCAACUUUACCGCAGCAGUCUAGUCAGACACCACUCUGACAGGAGAAUGAGAACAAAAACAGAGACAUAGCCAUGCACCCUGCGAACAAAGAGACACUGCAGAGGGAUGUUCAAAAGCACUUUGGCUCAAGAAGCAAAAGAAAACCUGUCGGCAUAUUAAAUUGAACACGGUUCCCGACUGUGCUGGGAGACAGUCAGUUUUUGACUUUACUCCAGAACCUGUUGUCAGAUUGGGUUGAGUGCGGCACCCUGGUGUUGACUCCAUCUUUGAGUCACAGCCAUUCAUAAAGCCCAUUCAGAGUAUGUGAAAGCCAGACAGAGCACACAGCUUGUGCGUGUCUCCAGAUCUUAACCUUGAUGCCAGAUGCACAGUCGGCACGCAGAGGGAAAAACCUGGCAGACUCCACAAACAAGUGUGUCCUUGUGAAUAUACAUGUAUAAAUCUGUGUAAGGUAUGUAUGUUUUAAUUGCUUUUCUAAAUGUUUAACUCUGCACAUACGUCUGCUUAUGAUUGCAUAAAUAUACAAACGCUCCAUGUUUACUUACAAGUAAUGCCAAGUUAAUUUGUAUUUAAUUGUUUACUUAACGUUAAAGGUUCUUUUAGAUGAAGCAGGAUGCAGAAACCCUCUUUGGAUUUCAGUGUCCUCACUUCCUUUAUCGACACUGUUGUUUUUACAGCACCAACACUAAUCAUCAGGAAAAAAAAAAAAAACACAUUACCUUUCUGAAGUCAUGACUCUACAGGAGAGCAACCACAACCAAAGCUAAAGUUUUUAUAAAAAUCAACCAAGAGGUUUUUCAUCACAUAGUAAAAACAGGUGGUCAUUGUGUUCCCUGUUUAACCUCCAAUAGCCUCUGCCUCCUGCUCACCCCGUUGUAAUUUAAGCACAACCUAUUACCAAACAACAAGGCGACACCUGUUCAAUUAGUGUAAAUUAUUCUUCAAAACUGUUGACAUGCAUUUUUAAAAUGACAGUUGUAUAUUACAAGAUGCAAAACACCGAAUACACCCACCGGCCACUUUAUUAGGUGCACAUUUUAGUUGCUUGCUAACACAAAUAGCAACUCAGCCAAUCACAUGGCAGCAGAUUAGUGCUUAUAGGCAUCUCAUUGCCAUGAAGUUGCAAUGAGACAUCAGAAUUUGUAAAAACAGGGAUCUAAAUGACUUUGAACAUGGCAUGGUUAUUGGUACAAGGUUGCCAUUCUGGAGUAUUUUAGAAACUGCUGAUCUACUGGGAUUUUCAUGAACCAUCUUUUGGCUUUGAAGAAAUUGUCCCAAAGACUGUGUGGGCACAAAUACCUUGUUGAUGCAAGAGGAGAAUCGGGAGAUUGGCUCAGUAGCUAUAAUAACCUCUUGUUACAACCAAGGUAUGCAGAAUACCAUCUCUGAAUGCACAGCCCACCGAACACUGAAGCAGGUGGGCUACAGCAGCUGAGAGCCACUCCUGUCAGCUAAGAACAGGAAACUGAAGCUACAAUAAUAGCUCACAAAAUUGUUGCCUGGUCCAACGUGGCUCAAUUUUACAGCUGUGAAAUUCAGAUGUUUGGGUCAGAAUUUGAUGUAAACAACAUGAAAGCAUGGAUCCAUCCUGCCUUGUGUCACCAGUUUAGGCUGUUGGUAGUGGUGUAAUGGUGUGGGGGCUAAAUGGCGUACUUCGGCCCAGGCCAACCCAUACAGAAAGAGCACAGUUUCUUGCUGAUUUACUGUAAUUAAGGAUUGUAUUUUAUAGUCUGCACAGUCUGUCUGCCCUGUGGAGUUUCACUUGUCAUUUUUUUGCAUAUAAACUUUCAGUUACUGAUGUCUAUUUUCAACCCCGCUGAACAAAACUAUAUAAAUGAACCAAAGUUUGACAGAGGUCAGCAAGCAUUAACCUUUCUGUACCUCACUAAUGUAAUUCAGAUAAAGGAUCUCAUCUAUAGAACAUUAUACUGUGAUUUUAAUUGGCUGCGUGUCCCAUUUAUCAUAUUGGAAAGUUCGGACUGAAUCCUUUUAAUCAUUUGGCCACCCUUUCUGGAGGAUCACUUAAUAUUCUGUUGGGCUCCUUCUCCGUAAAGGAAAAUGACAUCUGCUGUGUCAUUUCUGGACCGCACACAUACCUUUUAAAUCCACCUUCCCAUGUAUGUUCAGAUCAUGAUGUUUCUAUGUAGUGUUUCCACCUCAUUGUUUCCCUUUCUGAUGAUAAAUCAAAAUAAGAUUAUCUGUACAUUGGCAAAAACCUUCAGCACAGAGCUACAGCUUUAUGAUGAAGUAGGUCUAGUGCAUCUUUCACUAUGGAGACGACACGGGAAAAAAAUGCAGUUAAAUGUGGAUGGAUGGCUAUGAUAAUCAUAGCAAUCAAUAAAUAUUGCCUGCUGCAAGAAAAAAAAGGAAAAUUGAUAGGCGGGAGAGUAAGAUGCUACCUCCUGUGACUUCCACUGCUUAAGGGCUGAUGCUCCUGUUUUCCUUGUUUUUUAUUUCAUUUCCAAAAAAAAGACUAGAGCAGAGUUUCCUAUAAAACCUCUGUGAAAGUGUAACUGGUUGAAACUUUCUAUUUUAAAAUGAGAGAAAGUUCAACUGGGGGCACUAGGCUGGUUUUAAUGUAACUGUGAUCCGGUUUGCCAGUUGCUGCUAUAAUUGACUUAUUGUGAAAAGACAAAAUAUGUUUGCUUUUAUUUAUGAUGUAAUUUAUUAAUGGAAAAAGACAAAUUUUGUUCCAAAUGUAUUUAAAAGAAACAAAAAAUUAAAGUCUUAACAGGU